UAGAGAGAUAGAGAGAUAGAAAGUAAAGGAAAAGAAUCACAAAGCUGUCAAUCUGUGUACUGUUUCUCUCUUCUUGACCAUUUAUUCUCUCUCCCCUCGUCUCCUUUUCUUCACAUGGAAGAGGAGGAGAUUGAAAAUAGAGAUCAGAAGGGAGAGUAAUAGAGCAGAACAAGAUCAGUAAUUAAUUCUUCUUCUUCUUCUUCUUCUUCUGAGAGAGAGAGAGAGAGAGAGAGAUUGUGAUGGGGAGUAUUGGAGAGAAUAGUCCUCACUAUUACAGGUCGAGGUUUGGGGACACGACGUUGACGAAGGUGUUUGUCGGGGGCUUGGCCUGGGAGACACCAACAGAGGAGCUCCGGCAAUACUUCGAGAAGUUCGGGGAGAUCCUCGAGGCUGUCAUCAUCACAGAGAAGAACACGGGAAGAUCCAAGGGCUAUGGAUUUGUGACGUUUCGUGAUCCAGAAUCUGCAAGACGGUCGAUAACGGAUCCAAACCCGCUAAUUGAUGGCAGGCGGGCCAACUGCAACAUUGCGGCGCUUGGCCGUCCUCGUCCUUCAACCCAGCGAGAACGAAACCAAGGAGCAGGAAGAUCCUACGUGGCCCCACCACAAUCAAUUGCACCACCGUACGCUAGAGUGCCAGUUCAAAUGCCUCAGGUGGUCUACCCCACACCAUAUGGUUACAUGACAUAUGCUUCAGAGUAUGGCUAUCAGCAGGGCGCGUACCAUUCUGAAUUGGCAUCACAAUACUAUCAUCAGAUGAUGUACGGCUCGACCAUACGAUCGAACGGUGGUGCUCCAACUUAUCUGUAUCAUCAACACCCUCAGCUAAAUUACAUGAUCCAAUCAUCAAGGGUCAGCUUUCCUUCAUCCAUGUUGCAAGCUCAAGCUCAUCAUCAGCCCUACGAGAAAGAUCAAACGGCUAGAAUGGAGACUGAGGGAUCCUUCUUUCCAUCUUCUCUGCCACCAGGGUUUCAACUUCAACCUCCACCAAAUGCCAAGAAAUCACUCGCCCUCUCUGUUUCAGGCGCUGAAGCUCCUAAUACAUCCGUAACAACUGGCGGUAACAACGCAAGCCAAGAUGUUUAAAGAAGCCAGAUCUCUUUAAUUUGAUGGGAACUGAAGAUCAAAGUCAAUAGAAAUAUCAGAGAUGCCUCAUAUAUACCUCAUUUUGCAGUAUUAUUUCCGUUGGAUUUCUGUAUACAAGAUCAUGUGAAUAAAAGGAAAUGAGAAAUGCUGAAGGCGAAAAAAAUUGGCAAUUCAAUCAGUGAACAAUUGAAAGCUUCUACUAAAAUUAAUAUAUUUGUCAUUCUUUUA